AUGAUGAAACUAUUUAAAAAGAAGAAAUCAGACAAAAACAUAGCAAACACCAUCGUGCAACAAGACACAAGGGAAUUUGAAUCGCCCAAUGUCAAGAGGCAGCCUAAAUCUCCCAUCGCCACAAUUCCUGUUGCCACCAACAUGGACGCAUCAAGAUCCUCGUCCCCUCCUGUCAUUGUCAUGCCAAAGCCUCGAAGGCUGUUGACGCCUACUCGUGCCAUUCUAGGGAGAUUUGACCAUGACAAAACCCAAGUCGAGGAAGAUGAACUCGACGGGCAACUUGCACAUCAACAGGAGAUCUCGCCCAUUUUGUUGCCAACCCCUCGAGAAGAGCCAUUGCUGCCUCAACUUGUCAAGCCUGUUGCUUGUCAUUUGACACAACCAUCGCAGCAGCAGCACCAGCAGAAUGCCAUUACCACAUCCUCACUGUCUACUAUCAUGAGCGAUGAUUCCAGCCGAGUGUAUGAAUCCGCACUGGAGUCUCUUUCUGAUACAACAGAAGAGAGUCAUGUAGCAGAGUUACCUGACUUGCUCAUGCUGAAGAAGCAGCCUUCCUACAAACCCAUUGCCAAUCCAUUGCACGUUCCCUUGCCGUCGCCGCAGCAGCAGCCACCAGCUUUAGCACAACUGUCACCCCAGCAACAACAACAGCCUCAAAUGCAGCAACAGAUACAGCAAGAUAUCAUUGCCAGUGGUAUCAUAUCGGACGCUUCUUCUCGAACCAUGAGUCCACAGUAUUAUACUCGGAAAAGAACAAAUACAGGUCCACCAUCAGGAUCAUCUGCUAUUACUGUCACACCCUUACAAGCUCAUAACAAGCAAACAUUGACCCCCAUUGCUGCAACCAUUUACGAACCGCAGCGACAACAGCACAUGCCGCCACCUCCUCAACCAGCUCAAACAUUGCUAGCAGAUCAACAACAACAACAACAACAACAACAGCAGCAGCAGCAGCAGCAGCAAAAGGAUGACCAAGAGUUUCUGUUAAGAGAACUUAAAAAGCAGGUAGAGCUUAUUGAAAAGCAGCGUAUUAAGGAUCGUGAAGAAUGGAACCGCAAAGAGCAAGAGCUUUUGACACAUCGCCACCAGAUGAUGGAAACCUUGAUUGAAACCAAAGAUCAACUGACAAACGUACUGAAGAAUCGAGAAGAGGAGAAUAACAAGGCAAAACUGACAUACUAUGACAAGCAGUUAAAGCAGCAGCAGUUGCACCAAAUGCAAAAGCAAGUGAUUGAGAUGGGAUUGAGCCAACAGCAGCAGUUACAGCAGCAAGAGGAAGAUGCCGUCGAUGAGCCUCUGCCUGUCACACGACUGAAUGGUCAUUAUUAUCAGCAAACAUACUAUUAUGAAAACGAUCAAGAGGUGCCAUUAGAUGAGCACGCUGUCGAUGGCGAUGAAGCUCCCAUGUACCAUCAACGACGCGUCCGCAACCGAAGCAAAUCAGACGAGCAAAUGAAGAACAACACACGUAGCUCAUCAAGAUCAAGUUACCACUACCAACAGCAGCAUCCAGUUGUGGAUGAUGGUGGCAGACGAAGCAGCAACAGUAGAAACAACUAUACAAACGAAGACAUGCUCGUCUCAAAUCGAAAACCUGUUUCUCGUCGUGCUAGCAACGCCAGCAAUAAAAGCAGUGGUGCUGGUCAUAUGUUUGAUCAUACAAGUCCUGCAACUACACUUGUUUCAAACCACACUGUCAGUAAAGGCAGACGACCUCGUGCUCGAUCCAUUGAGUCAGCCAGAUGGCACGAAGAGCAACAGCAGCAGCAAAUGAUGAUCAAGAUGAAUGCUGUACCACCUGUGUACAUAGAUGAAAUGAUGGUGCCUUGUGAAAAACUUCGAAAAAGCAGAUCAGCCGGCAGAGAUCUUCACAGCAUGCGCCCUGUAUCCAGAGCAUCUUCUGUGUAUAAUAUGUAUUAUGAGGAAAACGAUCUCAUGGACGAUGAAUUGUUUGAUAGCCAGCCUAGCUUCUAUGAUGGCGGCUACUAUAGUAACUACAUGGAAAAUAUACCGCCUAGCAAGCAACAGCAGCAAAUGAUGUCAAGAUACAAUUCUGAUAUACCCUACUAUCCACCACAACAGCAACAACAGCCACCUCAACAGUACGUGUAUUCACCGGUGGAUUACUAUUACCAGCAGCAACCACAGCCAAGACACAAUCAAAGGUACAAUGCAAGACACCAUUACAGCUACAAUUGA